CAGCGUCUUUAACAGAAACUCGCAUCAAAAGAAGAGCUUCCAACUCUACAGGCUCUUCCUUUGUACGAUGCAGUACACUAGAAACCAAAAAGAAGAAACAUUCCAAGCAGUGAAGCCCAUUAGUGUACUGAUGUUGUCUUCAGACAGUAAGUAUGCAAUGAAUUAAUUAGGCUCGAUAUCCGCGUGCAAGGUAAAACUUUCAGCAUCCUAAGAAAGAAGCCCGAGGACACAAUCUCACGUGCAUUAUUGUAAGGUAUGCAUAUAUGUGCAGUUCUUUAAAAGAAUACACAAAGUGUCACGCUCUCACAACACACCCAAAUAAACCACCUUAAAUUCUAGUUCAAUGUAAAACCCAACGUUACUCCCAUCCCACUCCCCUCUUCUUUCCUCCACAUCUCCUUUCUGGUUUUAUUCUCUACUAUUAACUCCGUUAUUAGUUUUAGUACAUCGUGGUUAACACCUUAGAAGAGGUGGAAAAAAGGAAGGAGAAUAGGAAGAGAUGAAGGUGGCGGUGGAGGUGUUGGAAGCGCACGACCUGGUGCCGAAGGACAGCGGCGGCACGGCGAGCCCCUUCGUCGAGGUGGACUUCGACGGGCAGCGCCGCCGCACCCAGACCAAACCUCACGACCUCAACCCCUUCUGGAACGAGGUUCUCAUCUUCGACGUCGCCGACCCCCUCGACCUGCCCAGCCGCACCAUCAACGUCGCCGUCUACCACGACGGCUCCGCCGGCGGCGGCCGCCAGAAGGGCCGGAGCUUCCUCGGCCGCGUCCGCCUCUCCGGCUCCUCCGUCGCCCCCUCUCGCGAGGAGGCCGCCCUCCAGGUCUGCUCCCUCGACCGGCGCCGCCUCUUCUUCCCCGUCCGCGGGGACCUCGCCCUCCGCAUCUUCGCCGUCCUCGGCUCUUCCAAAGCCUCCUCCAGCCACGCCCCCUCGACGACCACCACCGUCCCGGAAACCCAUUCCUCCGAGAAGCCUCUGCCGGCCACCAAGGAGAGGAAAGUCUUCCACACGGUGGGCUUCGAACCUGCGCGGACUCGGGCUAGAGAAUUCACGAACAUGGAGAAGAAGCACAGCCGCAGCCACCACUUCCGGGCAGAGGCAGCAGCGCCGGCGCCGGCGAUGCACAUGGAGGCCCCUCCACAGCCGAAACCCGAUUACGGUCUCAAAGAGACGCAGCCGCCGGUGGCCGCCCGGACGGGCUACCGCGGCGGCACCAAGAUCACCACCACCUACGACCUGGUAGAACAGAUGGAGUACCUCUACGUCAACAUCGUCAAAGCUCGAAACUUGCCGGCGAUGGACAUCACCGGCAGUGUCGACCCCUACGUCGAAGUGAAGCUCGGCAACUUCAUCGGACGCACCAAACACUUGGAGAAGAACCAGAACCCGGAGUGGCACCAGGUGUUCGCCUUCUCCAAAGAACGCCUCCAGGCUGACCGCCUGGUUGUGUCGGUGAAGGAUAAGGACCUCCUCAUGGAUGGCUUCGUGGGGAGAGUCGUCCUUCCCUUGGUCGAGGUCCCUUCCCGGCUCCCCCCCGACUCCCCCCUCGCCCCCCAGUGGUAUAGACUCGAGGAGGAGAGGAGGGAUCAGGACGUUGGGAGGGGGGAGCUGAUGAUGGCGGUGUGGAAGGGGAGCCAGGCUGACGAGGCCUACCCUGAAGCCUGGCAUUCGGACGCCCAUACCAUUCCCUUGGAGGCAGUCCUCCACACCCGUUCCAAGGUCUACUUUGCUCCCAGGCUUUGCUACCUCCGUGUUCAUGCCAUUGCAGCACAGGACCUGGUUCCCUCUGAAGCGACCCGGCUCCGCCCCGAGACGCACGUCAAGGUUCAGCUCGGACAUCAGAUCCGGUUCACCCGACCAUCCCCGGUCCGCUCGCUGAACCCGUCGUGGAACGAGGAGCUCAUGCUGGUGGGCAGCGAACCGUUCGAUGAGCCGGUCACUAUCACGGUUGAGGACCGGAUCGGUCCGGGCAAGGACGUCCCACUCGGCCGGCUCGUCCUCACCAAACCCAGAAUCCCAACUCAGGCCGACCACCGCAAGAUUAUGCCCGCCCAGUGGUUUGACCUCGCCAAGCCCACCUCCUCUUCCGCCGGCAGCGGCGAGGAGAGGAGGAGGGAGUCGACUAAAUUCUCGAGCAAGCUCCAUCUCCGGAUCUUCUACGACGCUGGCUACCAUGUCAUCGACGAGCCCGUCCAAUACAGCAGCGAUUUCCAGCCAUCGUCGAAGCCGCUCCGAAAGCAAAGCAUCGGAAUUCUGGAGCUCGGCAUUUUGAGUGCCAAAGAUUUAGUGCCAAUGAACGCCAGCAAUGGCGCUGCCACGACCGACGCCUACUGCGUCGCCAAGUACGGCCCCAAAUGGGUCCGGACUCGGACCAUCCUUGGAUCCCUCUCCCCAAAGUGGAACGAGCAGUACACUUGGGACGUCUUCGACCUCUGCACCGUCCUCACCAUCGCCGUGUUCGACAACUGCCAACUUUAUAACAAUGGCAGCAAGAACGGCAAUGGCUCCAAGGAUCAAAGGAUCGGCAAGAUAAGGAUUCGGCUCUCGACCUUACAAACGGAUAAGCUUUACACUCAUUACCAUCCACUGCUAGCUCUCGAGCCUUCUGGUCUGAAGAAGUUUGGCGAGCUGCAUUUAGCUAUCCGAUUCACUUGCGCGGCGUGGACGAACAUGCUUCUCCUCUACACGAAGCCGACGCUUCCGAAGAUGCACUACAUCCAACCGAUCCCGGUGAUGCAGAUGAACUACCUCCGCACCCAGGCGAUGGGCGUGGUCAUGGCUCGGCUUGCACGGGCCGAGCCGCCGCUCCGGAAGGAGGUGGUGGAGUACGUGCUCGACGUCGGGUCCCAUUUGUUCAGCAUGAGACGGAGCAAGGCCAACUUUGGACGUCUAGUCGUGCUGUUCUCCGGUGUGCCGGCGGCAGCCAGGUGGUUCGACGGAAUUCGGUACUGGAAGAACCCGGUAACCACGAUACUGGUCCAUGUGCUGUUCUUGAUACUGGUGUUCUACCCGUCCUUGAUCCUGCCUACCGUUUUCCUCUACCUCUUUGCCAUCGGAGUCUGGAACUUCCGGUUCCGGCCGGCGGAGCCGCCGCACAUGGACACGGAGCUGUCCUGUGCGGAAUUGGUCACCACAGAUGACCUGGACGAAGAAUUUGAUCCAUUUGUGACGAGGAGGCCGAUAGAGGUGGUGAAAAGGAGGUAUGACCGGCUGAGGUUUGUGGCGGGGAGGGUUCAGGAGCUGGUAGGGUUCUUGGCGACGCAGGGGGAGAGAGUCCGGGUCUUGUUGAGCUGGAGGGACCCCCGGGCGACGGCCAUCUUCAUAGUCUUUUCAGAGAUAUUAGCCGUUCUCCUCUUCGCGACACCGAUCCGGGUGGUAUUGGCUCUCGCCGGCCUGUACCUGCUGCGCCACCCCAGGUUCAGGAGCAAGAUGCCCUCUGUGUCUCAUAAUUUCUUCAGGAGGUUGCCGGCCGAGUCUGAUAUACUCCUAUGAACUAAUGAGCAGGAAGGAUCGAAGGAUGUGUAUUGUAUUAGACUACUGUUAGUCUUUAAUCAUCUCCUAUGAAUAUACUCGGUUAGUGUUUUAUGGAA